UACCUCCCAUUCAGCUGUGGUUGCUGCCACUGUGCUGACUCAUGCGCCCCAGCUGCCCGCAGGAGCUGGAAGCAUGGGCUCCCCAGGGGCCUUGGCAGGCUGGGGGCUUCUGGAUUACAAAACGGAGAAGUGGGCUCUCCUCGCCAAAAAAGGAUACCAGGAGCGAGAUCCGGACCCCCAGAUUUCCGUCAUCACCAAACUCAAAGGGGUUUCGGUGACCCAGAUCAAGGAGUUGGGUAACCAGCUGUGGGACGUGGCGGACUUUGUGAAGCCACCACAGGGAGAGAAUGUGUUCUUCUUGGUGACCAAUUUUCUCGUGACGCCAGAACAAGUUCAGGACAGAUGCCCAGAGGCUUCAAGGCUGGGUCACAGAGGGGAGCCAUACCCCGGGCCCUUGGCAACUCUGCUUUCCCCACCUCAGCACCCCUCCAUCCCGCUGGCUAAUUGCUGGGCCGAUGAGGACUGUCCCGAAGGGGAGACAGGGACGCACAGCCACGGCAUAAAAACAGGCCAAUGUGUGGAAUUCAAUGGGACCCACAGGACCUGUGAGAUCCAGGGCUGGUGCCCUGUGGAGAGCAGCACCGUGCCCAUGAAGCCCCUACUGGUCCAGGCAGAGAACUUCACCCUGUUCAUCAAAAACACUGUCACCUUCAGCAAGUUCAACUUCUCCAAGUCCAAUGCCUUGGACACCUGGGACGCCACUUACUUCAAGCGCUGCCGCUAUGACUCACGCUACAGCCCCUUCUGCCCUGUGUUCCGCAUUGGGGACCUCGUGGCUGCGGCUGGAGGGGUCUUUGAGGACCUGGCAUUGCUGGGAGGUGCCGUGGGCAUCCGAGUCCACUGGGAUUGUGACCUGGAUGCUGGGGGUUCCGACUGCCAGCCCCACUACUCCUUCCAGCUUCAGGAGAGGAGCUACAACUUCAGGACAGCCACUCACUGGUGGAAGGCCUCAGGUGUGGAGGCCCGGAGUCUGCUCAAGCUCUAUGGGAUCCGCUUCGACAUCCUCGUCACUGGGCAGGCAGGGAAGUUCGGGCUCAUCCCCACGAUCAUCACUCUGGGCACUGGAGCAGCUUGGCUGGGUGUGGUGAGUCUGGCCAAUGUGGGCUCCCUCUGGCUACAGCGACUGUGUACCCAGGAUGGCCCAAGUGCACUCCAAGCACCCCGACCCCCACCAUGCAUGAUGUUGAGUCUGGGGGUGAGGGCUGGGGAGGUGGCCGAAGGGCAGGCUGAGGGCCAAGACACAGGUCUGCCCCGCCUCUCCCAGAUCACCUUCUUCUGUGACCUGCUACUGUUGUACGUGGAUGAAGAAGCCCAUUUCUACUGGAGUACCAAGUAUGAGGAGGCAAAGGCCCCGAAGGUGACCACCAACCCUGAGCAGACAGAGCCAGCUUCUACACCCCCGCACGUGGCUGCCCAGGUGUCUUAGAGGGGGCCCAGUCUGGGAACCAGACACCAACACCAGAGUGGCCCAUGCCCAGGCUCUGGCCCCCACUCACUGGCCUGUUCCUGAGGCUGUUUCCUGCUGGUUGCCGGGUGGGGACCCCAUCUUGGGGAGCUGCUGGAUAAAGCCCCAGCAGGACCAGGGUCGGGGGUGGGGGGAGAAUUACACCCUUCCACUCCCAGACAGACUGACCCUUUCCUGACUCCAGCUUCAGCAGGGUGCUGCCUGGGGGGGGCCACAGAAGCCAGUUUUGUAGAGACCUGCAGCAGAACAGGAGCCACGGAGAAGGGGAGACCCUGGGGCACCCAUGUGGCAGGGUAGUGGGCCAGUGGGGCUCCUGCUGUGUCUGGGUCUAGAGAACUCUCUCCCAGUCCCCGUCAGCAGUGUUCCCAGCGGUGGCCUGCUCACCAGCUGUCAGCAGCAGCCCUCCCACUGGCUGUGGCAGACUCCAGCCUCCAGCCCCCCUCCAUCCGCCAGCACCUCUAUCGUAGGUAGAGCCCCUCCGUCUCAGCUGUGCUGCACCGGGGGCUGUGCAACCAGAGUCUGAAGCAAGGUAGAAAGAAGCCUGACAAGAGGGGUCAGGCUGCUCCGGUGUUGGAUUGCCUGGGGCAACCUACCCAACUCUGAAUGAAGAGUGAGUAGGCAGAUAAUCCAACCCCUACGGACCCCCAGGCAAGGACACAGGCACCCUUUGGUCUCACACUGGCCCAGUUGAUGAGCAUCAGCCCCUCCCUGGUGGUGGCCCUCAGGCUAUGGGGUUUGGGAUAGGGAGGAGAGACUGGAGGGCCUGAGAUGGUGGUCACUGGGUCCUUUGGGAUCUUCUGUAAGGCUCCUCAUUAACCACCCCUCCCCAGCCCAACCCCUAGAACCUGCUCACUGGAGCCAUGGGAGUAGGGAGGCUGUACAUCUGGAAUUCACUGCUACCCAAGGUCAUAGCUAAGAACCUGUCAGGGCAUCUGCUUGUCCCAGCCUGAGGCAACUGCAUGCAGGAGACCUUGAACAUAACCCUAGGUAGAGCCCAGUGGCUGGAAGGAAUGUCCCUCACAAAGGACACAAAGGUGCCCCGCAGGCUGGCUUGGUAUCUUUCUGGAGUCUGAUUCCUGCCUGCUGGAGAAUUUCCCCUGCCCCAGAGUCCCACAGUCAGGAGGGGAGGAACAGGGGCUGCAAGAGCCAAACUCCCUGUGGUCCCAGGGCAGAGGCAGGAAUUUGGGAGAACCCACCCGAGGGAGGCAAGGGCCUUCUCUCUCAUGGGUCCCUGGUGACCAAGGGUGAGCUGGCAGCUUGGCAGCGGAGCCACAAAGACCAGUUGGGGAGGGCCAGGGCUGGGGCUCAGGCUGGGCUAGCAUCUGGAAUCAUCUGGCACCUGGAGCCUCAGCAAAGCCUUGGGGUCUCCACUGCUUCUCAAUCCCCAGAGACGUGUCCAUGGGGAGGCAGGUUCAGGAGAGCCAAGGUGAGAGAACAUGGCUCUGAGGCCUGGUUAUUGGAGUGGGGUCACAUGUACCUGGUUGUGCUCAGGGCUCUAAGUGGUCAUAGCUGCAGAAAGUCAAGGAGUAAAGCCUGCUCAAACCAGCAGCUUCCUGUGUAGUCCUUAUAGGCAAGAACGGGGAGUUGGAAGCAUCUAUGAUGGACAUAGCAUGGCUUUAGGGAGACCAGUGGGGAAAGGGGAAGGAUGGGCCUGCGGACCCCCACCUCACAGCCACCAGCUGGGCUCAGCGGUACUUGGAGCAGGCCCAGGCCUUGUGCAUCCGUACGCAGGAGUGUAUACCAUACAUGUGUGUAAUAUCCUAAGCCUUUAUCGCAAAGCCCUUGAGGGAAGGGGGAGAGUACCAGCUGUGACAGCUAGAAAGCUGUGGCCAGGGCCUGAGGCUGGAAGCAGCAACACGUUGCCUCAGUCUGCAUGUGGGUGUGCAUCGUCAAGAUGGCCAUGCAGGCACGUGCCCCAGAGGAGCCCUGGGCAGGCCUCGGGGACAUGCUAUGCUUUCUGGGAGCCUUGGGAACCCAGGAGGACC